ACAUGAGUGAAGGUGGAUAUGAGGUGGCGCCUUGGCUUACUGCUUCUUCCUGGCUUUUCUCUCAUGUUGAGGGAGGAUCCAGGACCGUUGCCAGCUGCUGACUGUCUGUCUGUCUGUCUGUCUGUCUCUGUCUUUCUGUCUGUAUAUUAACUCCACUGACACACGGCAGGGCGCAGUGAGACACCCAGGACCAGAACAGCCAAGUAAAGGGACCAAAUUACUCACAGUCGACAUGUCUCAGUAUUCCGACCUGGAGAAUGCCAUCAACACGCUGGUCACCCAGUUUCACUCUGCUUCAGCUUCCAAUAGUCCAACGCUGAAAACCGAUGAAUUCAAAGGUCUUUUGUCCUCCCAGAUGCCUAACCUGGUCAAGGUCGGCACAGACCAGGGAAUGAAUGAGAUCCUGAGGAAGAUGGGUGUAGCUGAUGGCGAAGGCAUCUCUUUCAAGAAUUUCUGGAACUUAAUCCAGUCAGUAGCCACCUCACAGCACAGCCUCCUCAGCAGCCAGAUGGGCUCCUCAUGCAAAUGCAUCCUCAUGUGAAGAGCCAGUUCUCAGCCCAACACAGCUCUGAGUUUAACUAAAAAGAGUAAAUACGCACACCACUGUCCUAAUCAGGUGUCGGACAGAAUACAAAGUUACAAAGUCUGCACACAGCAAGCUGUUUCCACCAUUUCUGACUAAAACAUGACAGCUUAAAAAAUUAUGUGAUCUCUUUUCCAAAUAACCCUUCUGCCAGUUUACUGCCCAGCAUCCUUUGCAGCAGUUAAAGUUCAAAUUCAGUCUAGUUUGCAUUUAAAUUCUCAUAAUUCUUUGUCCAAGUCUACAAAUUGCUCUAUCUCUAAGCUACAAUUUGAACUAAUUUACUCUAAAAUAAUCUAUUCAUCUUCGUACUUAGUACCAGACAACAUC